UCUGGUCAUGAGAGACAUACGGCCUCUUUAAGUUUAGAGUAUGUGAUGGAUGCUCUAUGAUGUCUAUGAUAUUAGCUAGAGCUCGAGCAUCACAUCGUGUGAUUGAUAUGAGCUAUGCACUCAAGCUGCGUCGCUCGGUGACUGCUGUCUCCGCAGCCACUUCUUAUUACCGUCCGACCUUGUGCACCGCAUUGCAUUCUGCAGUUGGGGUACGGCGAUAUUUAGGGACUGAAUCUAAUAUACCCUCUUCCCCGAAUGACUUGCCCCGAGCGUCGAUUGAAGAUAUUCGUUUAAGAAACGAGUUCGAGAAGAACAAUGAUAUCAGAGAUUACUUGCGGAAAUGGCAGGAGGCAAAUCCAAACCUUCUGGACCCGAUUCGGGAUCCCAGCAUCUCGAAUGCUGAUAAGGGCCAGCCUUGGGUUGGAAAUAUGAUGAAUGACAACCGGGAUACAUACGAUGCAGGAGAUGAUAACGUACGAUACGUAGACGAUGAUGCAUCUGAGUUCCUGGAGAUUGCAGAGGAAGGAGAGGGUCUGCACAACUACCUCAAACCGGGGGAUCUGGUGGCUAUUUCAGCUACCGACGAAAGACUUCGGUUUGCUGUCUAUGUUAGAUCCGUUCAGAAACAACAGCAGUUCUACACAGAGAGGGGCAAGUGGCGGGUCGCAUUCCCUAAAGAGCUUGACUAUGUGAUCAAAGGAUUUGUACCUCCAGAGUCGAUAAAUCCACUCCUGCCGUACUUCCCAGAUUCCCUCGCCGAAGUGAGUCCUGAGCUUCAAUCUUUCAUCGAAGGCGGAGUGCCCCGGGAUGUUGGGGCUCAUCUUUUGCGGAAGAUGCACGGCUUCAAUGCGGAGGUGCAGCAGCUUUACCGAGGCAAUGCCGUCCGAUUCGACCAAAUCCACCAAAUUGUGGCUCAUGAGGAGGAAGAGAUGCAGUUCACUUUGGAAGAGCUGGCUUGCAGAGCCCUGGAAGUCGAGCCUGACCAGUUGAAUGAUGUAAUCCUUUAUACCGUUCACCGGGCGAUUCGUCGGAAUCCUUUUUUGAUGGAUAAGGAUGGAAGCUCCCUUUUUACGAACCAAUACUUUGUCAAACCUAUCCGAGCUGCGCAGAUGAUUGAGACCGUCACUACGUGGGUGCAUGAGCAUCAGAACUACUUGCUUCGGGCAACAAGUGGGCAAGAGGUGUCAGAUUUAAAGGAUCAUCCCUUGCAGAAAUUCAUCCAGAAAGCACAAAGGUUGAUAAGACUUACUCGAAAGUUUCGCUCGCCGACAACAAUGGCCAGUGUAGGCCCCACCGCACAGCGUUUUCAAGCUGGACAAGAUGGCAAACCGAUGGUUUACCGUGAAAUCCCAACAGAAAGGUUUAAUUACAACGAUCGAUUAAUUAUCCAGUUUCUGCAGUCCAUGUGUCUCCCCCCAAAGAGAAUGAACUCAGGUGCUAUGAGAUCAACUGGCUCACAUAUCAUGCGCGCGACGGGGAUGUAUUCUGCAUUAGAACUCAAUGCGGCUUCCGCGCUGCUUUUCCUGCAAGAGCUGGGAGUUUUCUCGCCGUGGGAGAACUUACCACUGCUAGACCAGGACCUAGCUCUCCCGGGACAUGGGAUUAGUAGUCAAUCUGACUCCAAGUGGAAUGAUGUUGAGAAGGUGUGCGAGAAACUUGAUGGGGAAAGACUUAUAGAUAAGAUGGCUGGCAUGCGUAUCGAUUGGGGCGAUCUACCAGUGUACUGUGUGGACAAUCUUGACGCACAGGAAAUCGACGAUGGUGUCUCCUUGGAGCGCAUCCCGGGGUCCAAGGAUACCUUUUGGAUUCGAAUUCAUAUUGCUAACCCAUCGGCAUUUAUCGACUCUGAAGAUAUGUUGAUGGAGUACGCAGCAUCUCGUAUUCAAACGCUUUACGCUCCGGAACAUACCUACCCUAUGCUUCCUCCAUCUUUAACGCAGAGCCAUUUUAGUCUUGCGCCUGGUCGCCCGACGCUCACUUUCAGUGCCCAAAUGAACUUGAAUGGCGAGGUUUUGGACACGAACGUAUCAAACGGCAUUGUUAAUAACGUCAUAUACAUGACGCAUGAUAAACUGCGCAGUAUGUUCGAUAUCGACUAUAAACGGCCCUUGAAGCCAUUGAUCGUGGGUGGGCAAUCUCCAAACGAAUGCUCGCGUACAGGGAUUCGUGACAAAUUAUCCCCUGAAGAUGACGAUAAUUUUCACAUCCUAAGAAAGCUGAUGCUUGCAUUCCGCGAACACCGGCGCAAAAAAGGCGCUAUGGACUGGCCUUCUCCCAUUGAUACACCUAUCUCAGUUAGCUUUGGAAAAGAACCCUGGCCGCCUUCGACUCUGGCGGUAGACGAAGGGCGUUAUAUAGUAGGCGACCCUAUCAUCCAGCUACAGCCGCAAAAUAUCGACCCACAUGAAAUACGUGAUCAAACAAAACACAAUCUCAUCUCCACCCUUAUGAACCUUGGUUGUUGGGUCUCAGCCAAGUGGUGCGCAGAACGCAAUAUUCCAGCCGUCUACGAUGGCACAUACUAUCAUCCAGAGUACCCCCCAUUAACCAGCAAGAACAUCUCCGAGUACGGAGGAGAUACAUGGCUCCAGCUCGGUGCCCCAAAGGGUGUCUCAUCCUCCAGGCCCCUUACGCACAUUCCUCUAGGGUUGGACCCAUACGUUAAAUCUACCAGUCCGCUGCGCCGUUACAGCGACCUGCUGGUGCACCAACAAAUCGAAGCAGCUCUCCGCUUUGAACAGGAAACUGGCCGUCGUCUUGAUGCCACCUCACCAGAUGGGUCCGUUCUCCCAUUCUCGCAAGAAGACAUUGAAGACUACAUCUCCAGCUCGCAGUGGAAACGCAACCGUCUCCGCAGCUGUGAUCGGUAUUCUAAACAGUUCUGGGCCUGCAUGCUGCUGUUCCGCGCCUUUUACUUCGCUGAGUGCGAAUUGCCCGAGAAGUUUCAAUGUCUCCUCCACAAACCGUAUCUUCAAACCUCCACUGUAGGGAAUAGCGGAAGGGUAUUCUCCGGUGUCAUCAGUUCGCUAGGCGUCCGCUGUCAGCUCGCCAUUCCUGCAGGCAUGGAGGAUGUGAAAAUCCUCAGUGUGGUGGAAGGAAAGAUCACUGCCGUUGACAUGUCCCGAAGAAUGGUUUCCAUGGAGGCGACGCGCGUAGUCAAACAUUACGAGCGGGUAGGGGACUGGGCCUGACCUGACCAUUUCAUGAAAUAUGGAUACUAUACUAUGUAUUAUUAUUAUUAUUAUUAUUAUACGACGGGACUUUCGAGACUCGCUGCUCGGACUGUUCAAGUCCUGAAUGUACAUUAGCCCUCUUAUAUUAUAUUAUGC